AAGAUGCAACAAAUCGAAAAAUAAAUUAAACACAAAACGAAUCCCCAUUAAUUGUCAAUCGAUCUUGUACUCAAUCGCGUACACAUCCACGUUUCCUUGAAGUGCUUGUGGAAUUUGAAAUGGAUUCUCAUUCAGCGAAUAUGAGCUGCUUCUAUGUAAUGCUGGUAACUGAAAUUUAUCAAGAAGUCCCAGCAAUAGAGGAAGUGAAGAUGCACGGAUCUAAUAAGUUUACAGAAAAGCUCGGAAUAUAUCCUAAAAAGGUGACCGUUUUGAAGAAACGUUUGAUAAAGCCCUCGUUAAAAAAAGCCGCCGACAUUACCGAGAAAUUUAAAAACCUACCCGAAGAAGAUUUACUUUUCAUUAAAGAAUUGGAUAAACAAUUUCACUUGCAUGGUGCGAAAAUCAAAUUUAAAAUCGAGCAUGUCAAUGUCACUGACCAUAAAAGCAGUAAACGUACGAUAGAGGGAGACUUGGGUUACGGCUAUUCACAGCAUGGAUAUGAUUACACUCCACCAAAAUUCAUGUUUUACCCGUACUCGCAAAAAGACAUACCACCCGAUGCCCCUAGUUAUUACAUACAGGACGAGAAGAACAGCAUUACCAUCGAACCGUCGUAUUCAUAUCAAUUGAAAACAGAAUCGUUUAUACAAUCGAAUCAUGCACCUCACAUAGAUGUGCCGCACGCAUCAAAUGUUUUGGACGGCGAAGACCCAGUGAUUGUGUUGCGUAUACCGGGUCCGCCCAAAUAUGCCAGCCAUUUGAAAACCUUACUGCAACAAUAUUUGGAGAUAAGGGCGGCGCAAUAUUUGCACAUUUUGGAGGAAACCGAGCACAGAAAACGGCUACAAUUACAGCAACCACAACAACAACAACAACAACAACAACAUCAUGACGACUAUAGCCAAGUAAAAAAUCAAGCAGCAGUAGCACAGCAACAAGCAGCUUACGAGCAAAGCCAACAGCAUGAUCAGGAGGGAGUUGCGACACCAGAAAAUAUUAAUAACUAUGAAGGUUAUAAAUAUGAUGCAACUCCGAACCAGGGCUAUUACGCGCAGCAACCGCCACAACACCAUCAUCUGUCAAAUGUGCGACCAUUCUACGCCACACCUGAACAGCAGUUUACACAUCCUAAAGUUCAUGAUAAUCGCAAUUAUCAGCAAGCUUAUCUGUUAGCGAUAACGACUCAACCUCAAUUCGAUUACGACAGCGAACAGCAAUUUUAUAUGGUUGAGGAAGGCGUUGGCCAAUCAAUUUCACAUCCAUCGUUACCAACAGCCGAAAACAAUCCACGUUCCUCGCACACGAAAAUCAUUUUCACACACAACACCGCGCACGCCAGUGACGAUUAUAGCCAAAACUAUCCGUUACCGUCUAUUAAGCCCAAUGAACGAUACACACCAACUUCAGUACCCGGUUAUCAUCAGGACUUUCAAGCACGAUCCCAACUUUCACAGGAAUCCCGUCCAGCGGUAGCAGUGUCCAGUGUCGAAUCAAACCGCAACGCUGUAGUGGCUAUCACUCAAAGACCGUUCAACUAUCAUGCUCACGCUGUGAAACAAUUAGUCUACGACGCUCCCCCCCAAAAGAAAUGAAGCUCCAAGCAUCACAACACAAAUUCGGAGAAACUCCAUAUCGAUAUCAAUUGGGUGCGGAGACAGUGAAAGUCUAUCAUUCUAUUUUCUUUUGAAUCUUGGUCUUGACUACAAUCAAAAUU